AUGGCUCGUAGAUUGACCAAAGUUAUGGAGGACCUAUGUGUUCAGUAUGAUAACACAGUACGGAAUUCAAGUGGAUGUAUAAUUCAGUUUUGUUAUGGAGAUGAUGGUAUGGAUCCUGCAGUGAUGGAAGGAACAGAAGAUGGAGCUCCAUUAGACUUACCCCGAUUGUUUCUGAAAGCCAAGGCGACAUGUCCUGCUAGAGAAAAUGAGUACUUGUCUCCUGAACAAGUGACUGAGAUGGUGAGAAGCAGGCUUUCAAAACAAGAUAUGACUCUUGAUGGUAGUUGCUCUGUUGGUUUCAAAACUUCUUUGGAGCAAUUCCUGAAUAAAUAUGUUGAAGCAUUCAGAAAAACACACGAGACCUUUUUGUUGGAUGAUCAUUUUUGUUGGAUGAUCAUAGUGCCUGGAAGGAGAAGAUUGUGCAAAACAUAUCUGGUGUUACUUUUAGACAGCUGGAAGUUUUUCUAG